CAUACAAUCAAGUCAUUUAUACUCCCGUCUCCAACAGUGUCACAGGUUUUUUCUUUGACAAAUCAAAGCUGGUGAUUGAGGCUUAUUUUGUUGAAACCGAAAAAUUCAUGUUGCCUAUAAUCCUGAAAAACACAGGUAUGACUCGGAAAUUUUUGACGAUUCAUUACGCAUCGUUCAUCAUGCUGGCGAAAACAUGGCAUUAUUGUAUAGAAAUGACCAUCGUUACGGGACAGAAAAGAAGUGCCAACAGCCACUUGAAGCAAUGGAAAUUGUCAAGGAGCUACAGGAGGAGCAACUAGAAUAUCUACGGCAAGAACUACGGAAGGAGCAACUAAAAGAUAUACGUCAAGAACUACGGGAGGAGCAACUAGAAAAUGUACUUCAAGAACUACGGUAGGAGCAUCCAGAAUAUGUACGUCAAGAACUACGGUAGGAGCAAUGGGAAGUACGGCUGAGGGAGGAACAAUGGGAAGACGAAUGGAAAAGUCUGAAAAACCAAGAACAAGAAAUUGUGAGGCGGGGGAAAGAAGUCCUAGAGCAUGUAAUGGAGAAUAAUCAUUCCAGCCCCGACGACCAAGCGAUCUGUGACCAGAGUUUAAUUUUUAAUGUCGAAGGCUCCAAAGGUAAAAAUUCCGAUGAAAAAAGUUCCAAUUAUGAAAGUUCUGAUGACGAAAGCUCUUAUGAUGAAAGUUCUGAUGAUGGUACUUCUUGCACUGAUACUUUGAUGAACAUCCCUUGUCAUAAUUCUGACGAUGAUCGUUUAUUUGAAAAUUUGUUUCUUGGUCACAAAUAUAACAUUCGGAAAGAUGUCCAUGAAAAGCUCAGGAGUUUACCUUGGAUUUGCGAAUAUGGAUUAGCUCGUGCAAAUGCAAAGAUACCACAUUUUCACUUAUACGUCUCAGUUGAUUAUGAUGAUAAAGAAAGUUUUGAUAAAGACAAAAAUGUUCUAAAAAAGAAAAUUAAUCAGACAUUUGGAUCCGAUGCCUGGAAGCAUUUAGAGUUUUGUUUCAAACGAUGCAGAACACCAAAGCUUAAACUUUUAUCAAAUAUUGUCGCAAGAAGAAAGGAUGUAAGAGGAACAUUGACGAUGUUCUGCUGCCAAAAGGAGAAACGCUACGCUUUAACAUGUUGCCAUGUGUGUUAUAACAAAAAUGAAGAAGAAAUUAAUGAAUCAUCCAUCAUUGAGUAGACAUUAAUAUGAGUGUAAUCCAGUGGGUUUUUCUGGGGUUUAUUGUAAAAUUUGUUGCAUUGGUUUGUAUUAAUUGUUUGUAACAGCGUUUUAGAACACAAAUAAAGUAAACUAUGAAAAUAA